GCAUUAUUAUAGACGGCUAUGUGCGGGGCUAUCAAAAGGACCCAAGAAACAUACCGGAAAUUUGGAGAGCACGAAAUAAACAUUGGCGUUAAUGCUUAAAUUAUUUGACUUCCAGCUAUUUCAGAGUGGAUAAAAUGAACAACAUGUCCCCCGAGGUUGCACUGCAUCGGAUCUCACCUGAGUUGCGGCCCAUGCUGUGUAGCGUUGUGCGGGACGGCCGUGUAGGACUCGACUCCACAAACUGUCUCCGUGUCACAGACCUCAAAACUGGAUGUACAUCUCUGACCCCUGGUCCCUGCUGUGAUCGCUUCAAACUUCACAUCCCCUAUGCUGGAGAAACCCUGAAAUGGGAUAUCAUAUUCAAUGCACAGUAUCCAGAAUUGCCGCCAGAUUUUAUUUUUGGAGAAGAUGCCGAGUUUCUCCCUGAACCCUCAGAACUACCACACUUGGUCCAGUGGGAUGCUGGGGACCCUGAAUGUUUGCUCCAGCUGGUGAAGGAGCUUAUCCAGCAGUACCAUCACUACCAAUGCCAGCGGCUGCGUGAAAGCUCCAGGCUGCUCUUUGAGUAUGAUAGUCUGCUGGAGGAUCCCAACUACGGCCGCAACAUGGAGAUUUAUGCCGGUCGCAAGAACAGCUGGACGGGGGAGUUUUCAGCCCGUUUCCUCCUCAAACUCCCUGUGGACUUCAGCAACAUCCCCGUCUAUCUCCUUAAGGACACAGCGUUGGACCCUGGAGAGGACGUGGCCCUUCUCUCAGUGAGCUUUGAGGAUGCUGAGGCUACCCAAGUCUUCCCAAAACUCUUCUUGUCCCCCAGCAUUGAACAUGCUCUGGGAGAUUCCUUAGCACUUCAAAUCCCAGCAUUCCCCAGUGGCGGAUGCCUAAUUGACUAUGUCCCUCAAGUGUGCCAGAUACUCAACAACAAGGUGCAGUAUGUCAUCCAAGGCUAUCACAAGAGGAGAGAGUACAUCGCUGCCUUCCUCAGCCACUUUGGAAUGGGCGUAGUGGAGUAUGAUGCUGAGGGAUUCACAAAACUUACUCUCCUGCUAAUGUGGAAGGACUUUUGCUUUCUAGUACACGUGGAUCUUCCGCUGUACUUCCCGAGGGACCAGCCCACCCUCACCUUCCAGUCUGUGUACCACUUCACCAACAGCGGCCAGCUCUAUUCUCAGGUGCAGGUGUCGUACCCCUACAGCCCUCGCUGGGACGGCAAUGAGAUGGCAAAGAGGGCGAAGGCGUACUUCAAGAGCUUCAUCCCUCAGUUCCAAGAGGGAGCCUUUGCCAACGGGAAACUCUAGUACUCUCUAGCUUAAUGACAUGCCUGGAGAGUUGCCUGUGGGAGUGUGUGUGUGUGUGUGUGUGUGUGUGUGUGUGUGUGUGUGCGUGUGUUUUUGUGUCUGCCAUUGUGUACCUGUAUAUGAGUAUGCACAGACUUACAUUUGUGAAAUGUGCUCUACUACAGGCUCGGUAAAUUCCACGUUGUUUGAUUUUGAAAUGGUUGCCUCUCAGUCCGUUCACUUCUUUGUUUUAGUUUUAGUGAGAAGCCACUUUUGUUGUAGAAGUUUAGAAGAAGAUGUCCAGACACGGCAACAUGCUAUAAACAAAAAAGGAAAAAACAAAACUCCCACACAAUUGUUGAAAUGAUCCCAGACUUUAAAACCCAGAAUGUAUGGUGUAGAUACAAGCAAGGGAUGUGACGAUCCAGUUCCUCCACCGCGAAAGGAUUAUGUAAAAAUAUCAGACACAUGAACAUUGUGCUCAUGUCACACACUUUUGUGGGAUCAGGUUAAACAGUUUGUGAUUGUUUGUCUUGUUGCCAGCUCACAGUAAAGGGCCUUUGUUUUGAAGAGGAACUCUGAACUUUGACAGAAAUCGUACAAUCUGCCUGCCCAACCUAACAGUACCUAGUAUUGUUAAUUUUAUUAAGCCAACGACUCCUGGCUUUAAGCAGUCAAACCGCAGAGGGUUGGGUUCACAACACUCCACCCAGAGCUUCCGUGCUGUGAGAGGUAUUUGUUGAUAUGCAAGCAAUAUGUAAACUAUUAACUACUAUGUAAAUCACAAAGAGCUGUAGGGACGAUGCAAAAGACCUUUGUUUACUGUUUGUCUUUUGUCGCUCACGAUCGUCAGAUAAGCCCUGUCAAGUCUUUUACUGGCAGGUUGACAGUACUGUAAAUUACUGAAUGUCAACAUUUCUAUCCAGUAAAGAAGUCUGUUUCCACCU